CGCAAACCAAACCAAACAUGUACCAAAAUUUUCAUGAACAAAAGAAAAACUCCAAAAUUUCCAUCCUCUCAGCCUAAAAAAUCUUUUUCUUUUUGAGCGGAACCCGACUUAUAAAAUCACUACUGCCCGUCAGAGAUCUUCUUUUUCCGUCUCUCUCUUUCUCUAUUCAGAGCACACUAUAACUCAAUUUCAGUAUCAAUGGCGGCCUCUUCAAGUGCCCUAACUGCACAAUUUCACAAUUGCCACCGACUUGUUGACCAUAAGAAACCGUCCCCCAUUUCAAUCUCAUCCUGUAAAUUAAACCCCUAUGCAAAUCCGGUUGGUCCUCCAAUUUUGUCAUGGCAGAGUAGGAAGUUUGCAAAGACUCGAAGAUCUCUCCAUGUACAUGGUUUAUUUGGUGGGAAGGAGGAAAACAAUGAUAAGAGUGAUGAUGCCUCCUCAAAGGCUGGAGUAUUUGGGAACAUGCCAAAUCUGUAUGAAACAGUAAAGAAGGCUCAGAUGGUUGUCCAUGUUGAGGCAGUACGUGUUCAGAAGGAACUUGAUGCAGCAGAGUUUGAUGGUUACUGUGAAAGUGAGCUAAUAAAGGUAUGA